UGGCGACUCGCAAAGUUCUUCAACUUCAAAGUUCAAGUUCUUGUUGUCUACGGUCGACUCUAGUUAUUAGUAUUACUACGAAUUGAGUAGGCCUAGGCUACGACGGACCAAAAACGAGUAGUAGGCCUACUAGUACUACUACUACUAGUACUUCUACUUCUACUACCAGUAGGACGAAAAUGUUUCUCGUGACAAAAAUCAAAGCUCCUGUUCUUACUCUUAGUUUUAGGCUUGGGGAUCAACUUCAAGCAGUGACUAUAUUAAAUAGGACUAUGAGUUCACGCAGUAGCAACCCUGGUUCUGUAGUUGCACCAUAUACGCCACCAGAGUGGGCAAGAAAGCUUCAAUAUGUGCCUAGUUAUAAGCUGGAUCUAAGUAUGCACCAUACUCCAGUACACAAAUGGAACAUUCCAUCCAUCUCGGGAGGCUUUCGGUUGUCGAUUAAACGGGAUGACAUAAACGGUGGGCCAUUGAGCGGCAAUAAAGUGCGAAAACUCGAGUUUCUGCUGGCAGAUGCAAUUUACAGAGGAUUUAAGCAUGUCAUCACAGCAGGUGGAGUACAGUCGAACCACUGCAGGGCCACAGCGAUCGCUGCUCGCCAGCACGGCCUACAACCGCACCUGUUCCUGCGGUCUCACACUCAGAACCCUCACAUGCUCGAUUGUGUUGGCAACUUGUUUCUCGACAGAAUCGUAGGGUCGGACAUCUACCUAAUACCACAGAGAGACAGGUACGAGCGUGAUAUCAAACCAAAAAUGCAGCGUCUUGCAGACGAGAUUCAGCGAAAACACGGGGAGAGAUCUUAUCUGAUACCGAUAGGUGGUUCAGACCAAGUGGGUUUGUUUGGAUAUAUAACUCAAUUCCAGGAACUGAUUGAACAAGGUGUCAUGAACAGAUUUGAUGACAUUGUCGUUACUAUCGGAAGUGGUGGAACAGCAUGUGGGUUAGCCAUUGGGAAUUACCUGACAGGGAGCAAGCUGCGAAUCCACGCAAUAUGUGUCUGUGACAGUCCUGUUUACUUUCAUCAGCACAUCAGUGACAUUCUGGACCAGCUUGGGCUGAGCGGAGUCAAAUCGGAAGAUAUCAUCAAUAUUAUUGAUGGGCAUAAGGGGAGAGGUUACGGAAUUUCCACAGAAGAAGAGCUAACGUUUAUUGCUAGCGUAGCCAACACUACAGGCAUCCUUCUCGAUCCAGUGUACACAGGCAAAGCAGCUAGAGGAAUGGUCCAUGAGUUUGCUUACAAUGCUGAUAGAUUUCAGGGAAACAGGAUUCUAUUCAUUCACACUGGUGGUAUAUUUGGUUUGAUGGAUGGCCGCAUGGAAGCAGUGAUGAUGAAAGAGGAAUCAAUGGGCAACAAAGUGUAUGACUCGAUCAAGAUCAGCAUGUUCAACAGCACUGAAUAAGUUAUGUUUAGACACUACGACCAGGGGGCACCACCAAACCACAGCGAACAACAUGAGCGGGUGGAAGGCUAAAAAGCUGAUCGCUGACCUUGAUGAACUCUUUCGCAACGUCGAGGCCGCAUUUGCAAGUGGCAUCCACAUCCAGCAGGUUGCACUGAUAUUCGGCGCAACCGUCGUAGCCCCGAAGGAGCUCUAUGUUGUCGACUUUCCGCGGCAGGCGGGCGUCUGUGGCCUAGAACUUUCCCGGGCGUACUGCAUCCGUAAGGUCUUUCAGCGACUCGUUGAGGAGCCAAGGUUGUACGACGUGAAGCGCCUAGCGCUGACAAACAUUGCGCUACUCAUACGCACGACGCGCAACUGCGGCCUGCAGUGGUUUCACCCACACCACGGUUACAGCAUGCCCGCGCGCGCAUUUAAAGUCACCUUAGAGCUCCUCAACAAGGAGCUUCUGGGGAAUGGUUCUGACGAUGAGGGUUUGUCUGUCGAUGAUACUAAAAGAGAGUUUUCAUCGUCAUUCGAUCGUGCUACUCGCUAUAGGGAAUCUCCGCCAAUGACAGGUGGUAAUGGGCCGGAGGAAUUUUUUCCAUUAGAUGUUUUCGGAUUGGAAAAUGGGUCGCUCGGUGAUAAGCAAAACAAGGAGAAUGUUUGUGGUAGCCUUCAUCGUUCAGGACAAGCUGAUAGUACUUGUGAUCUUGUUUGGUUUCAAGCACCUCUUAGCAUUAAAGGAUUUAAGUACAAGACGUGCAGAGAGUCAAAGCCAGAAGAUAUAUGGGUUUAAAAUUAAAUAAAACUGCUGUCUUAAGUGCGUGCAUUUUUUUACCUUGGUCUCAUUAUUUGGGACGUGUACUAUACACAGAAUAACGUUUGGGUGCAGCUUUAUAUAGUGUUAUCAAAUAUUGAUGAGGCAAAGUGGUGCCAACUUGAUAUUUAAUGUACUUUUCCAUUCUAAUAAUUACAAAAAUCUGUGUAUCGUAAUCAAUUUAAACAGGAAUAAUAGAUAGAUAUAAUAGGCAAGCUAAUAGUUCUAAAAUAACUGAUAAUGUGCAGUUAUGUUUUCAAAUGCAUGCAUACCAACUUGCCUAUAAAAAUGUAGGCUAAUAUUAUGCUAUGGUUAAGAAGAUGUUUUAAUAGUGUGAAUUUGAUUUUAUACAUUUCCAUUAUUGAUUUAUAUAAAAUUCAGUCAAAACUGCUUAUGUGCAUAUUUUUUACUAAUCCAUUAAAACUAAAGUAACAAAUUCACUAGUUUCCAGUUUUAAAUAGAACUGUCAUUGUUUAACAUAUUUAGACAGCUAUCUGAAUAUAUUCUGUGUACAAAACCGCUAACAUAAUUUUCAAUUUAUAAACCAAGUUUAUUGAAAUAUCUUUAAAUAUAAUUCUUCCAAGUAGUAAUCAUCUGUAAUCAUAAACCAAAACAUUCUACGUAAAAUGUCAAGAGUACUAUAUUAAUAAUAAUUCAUUCGACUGCUUAAAGCAUUUGCAAAUCACAGAAUUCCAUGCAUGUUAUGACCGUUAUGUAUAAUUUACCCACGUAUAUGAUAACAUCAGGAGUCUAUCAAUAGGGUAUAUAUAGGGUCCCUGUAUACAGAGAGUUGCGCCAACUCGGGAUUUG